CACAGUGACUUCGCUGCUUUCGGACUGGUCUCAUAAAACUUGAGCAGACCUCAUGUUGACAAAAUUUUUGUCCACUUUUGAGAAAAGAAUUAAAAAAAGUGUGGGGUCUCCGUCCAGUUUUUGAAGAUUACAAACCUUUGAAAGGAUGAGUUGUAAUAAAACGCCGAUAAGCUUGAUGAACGAAUUGUGCAAAUCAAAUUGUAUCUCUCCUGAAUACAAGGUUAUUGAAGAGUCUGGACCACCGCAUAAUAGAACUUUUAAAGUCCAGUUAACCUUACCCAAUGUUGGCAUCUAUGAAGGGAUUGCUUCGACCAUAAGAGCUGCAAAACACAAUGCAGCACAAAGUGGUCUUGAAACCUCCGGUCUAAAGAAAGAAAAGCGAAAAGCAAAAGAAGUCAUUGACCAGCCAUCAAUCGAAUUGAAUAAUAUAGUAAUGAAGUUGGGGAAAGUUUUGAGGUAUCAGGAUCUUCCUGCUCAAAUAAACCAACACAUUGGUCAUACUCCCAUUGCAAGCAAUGUUUAUGGAGCAUACCAGUAUUCAGAUAAUACUGUCAGUAAUAGCCGUUAUCCUUAUUCUCCAUUUAUGAAAACAAUGAUACUGAAAAUUGAUGAUAAGGAAUAUAUUGGAGUGGGAAACCGGAAAAAAGAUGCCAAGCAGGAAGCAGUUCUGAAGGCCUUACCUGAACUUCGUAAACAAUUGGUGGAGAAAACAUCAACUGAAUUUGAUGUAAAAAGUGAACUAGCAAACACUGGUGAAUCUGAAACUCUUGACUCCAUGAUGAGCAAGACUGAUGGUGUGGGGCUGUCAAAACACCUGAUGAAAUCGCCAAUUAGUGAAGUUUACGAAAUUGCUGCAAAACGAAGAUUGCAGAUUGAUUAUCAAGUGGUUUCAUCUACAGGGCCCCCACAUGGCCGCACUUUUGUUACCACAGUAACUGUUGGUCAGUUUUCUGCCUCUGGUGAAGGCUCAAGCAAGAAGGUCUCCAAGCUAUUGGCAUCUUCUAAAGUCUUGGAAGAACUAAAAAAAUUACCUCCUCUUAUAAAACACCAUGCUUACAGCAGGCUGUAUAAGCAUGAAGGAUAUGCAAAAAAGUCUCCAAAGGACAUCAAUCCAAGUUUGAAUGCAAUCAGUCUUUUGGGUCAACUUCGGCAGCGUCGUAAGGAGGAGCUACCUGAGUAUGCUCUUGUUGAAGAGGGAUGUACAAACACUAGGGAAUUUACCAUGCAAAUUAAAUUGGAUUCUCAUGUUGCCCAUGGGUCUGGUGCCAAUAAGAAGGAGGCAAAAAAGAAUGCAGCUGAGGCAAUGUUGCAAUUAUUAGGAAUAAGACCAGUCAAGUUUGUGGAAGUUAAUGACUCUGUUGAAAACAGUCAGAAAAGUGGGCUAGAGAAAAAUAGUGAUAAUAAGCCUGGAGAGCGUCGCUCACUUCCACCUGGUCUGUUGCCCAUAUUACCUGAGAUGACAGAGGGCAACAAGCUUAGUACAACUGUUGUGCAAACUUCUAAACCUUUCCCGAAUGGUGAAACCACAUCACCUCCUGGGACUGUGUUAAAUCGUGCUCCCGGAGCUCCUGUUGUGAAGCCAAUUUCAGAUGAAAUUUUGCAAAAUGAAAGCAUUUCAUCAAUGCAAAAACUGCAGCAACUUGCUAAAGCUAGAGGAUUCCAGACUCAAUACCAGGACAUUACACAGGAGAAUGUUGAGCAGCACAGAGCAGUUGUGACUCUCAGUACUGUACCUCCAUUGUUGUGUCAUGGUUUUGGUUCGACUUUGGACAAUGCUUUUGAAAAUUCUGCAGCUAAUGCAUUACUUUCUUUAACUCAACCUCAACCUAUUUCUACUAAUGGACCGUCAGUCGAGUCCACUACACGAGGUUGAAAUGUCUGGUAUGUGUUGCAGUAUUUUUCUACUAUGCCCAGUAUAUGUUUUAUAUUGAGAAUGUCAACUAAGUGAAGACAAUAUGAUCUCUCCAAUUGUACACUGAAAAUGCACAUAAGCAAUUUUUGUCAUUUCUACUUUGUCAUUGUUUGAAUUGUUUUGCAAUCAGGUGCUUUAAAUCUUUGCUUUUUUCACAUGCAGCAUGCAUAAGCAUUCAAUUGCUUAACAUGACAGAAAUAUGAUGUAUUCCUUCAAGUUUUUUUUUAUAAGCAAACAGCUUACAGAAAUUACACAUUAUUACAUUAACAUUUAUUUUAUCUAACAAGAUCAAGUAAAAGCUUUCUACAAAUAAUCGCUUAGUUAGCAAGACAACUUAAGUCAUGUUGUACAUCAUUAAAACGGAAGUGUUGGUUUUGUCAAUCAAUUACAAUGGCUGUGGCAGGAAAGUUGCUUUUAAAUAUUGUAAGUAUUUGGCACAUAUGUAAAUAUUUGAAACUACUUACCUCUGACAAAUAAUGACAAGAAUGUUUGUGCAUUAUUUGUGCUCAUGUGAAUUCAUUGUAGAAUGCUUUUUAAUUGUAAUGAAAUUUAUACAUACUAUAA